GUUUGGGAAAGGGAGGAGCGAAGCGUCACCGGAAGGUUUUGAGAGACAACAUUCAGGGCAUUACGAAGCCUGCAAUUCGCCGUCUCGCCCGUAGAGGUGGUGUGAAGCGUAUUAGCGGUUUGAUAUAUGAGGAAACCAGAGGAGUUUUGAAGAUUUUCCUUGAGAAUGUGAUUCGCGAUGCUGUUACCUACACUGAGCACGCCAGGAGGAAGACGGUGACUGCCAUGGAUGUGGUUUAUGCGUUGAAGAGGCAGGGAAGAACUCUGUAUGGUUUUGGAGGUUAGGUUAGAGAUUUAUUGGGAGAUUGAUUGUAGAUCUUGACUUUUGAUCUGAUGUUUCAUAGGUGAACUUGUUCUUAUAGACUUCCUGUAAGUUGAUUCCUCAUUAGUUGGAAAUGGAAUGUUUAGUUCAUUGAAGAGUUGUGCUAUAAGAAUUUCGCCUUUUCUUCA